AUGGAAUCCUCUUCCUCGCCAUCUGGAGCACGCUCGUCCUCCCAUGGUGGACCUCCUGGCUAUUCUCCGAACCCUUCCCCAAUUCCUUAUCGUGAGCAGCCGCUAGCAUACGAGCCAUCUGAAGAUUGCCCAUGCCACAAGAAAGCGGCGAGAUGGAUCUCCUGGAGCAACGGAAAUCCUGGUCGUAGGUAUCUGACCUGCCAGAGAUCUCGGGUCGGAGGUUGCAGGUGGUGGCGAUGGAUUGAUGACCCUACUACGCCCUUUCUUCGCCAACUUUUGGUCGAUCUGCGUGACGCGGUGAACAACCUCCGGAGGGAGAACACUCAGCUCAGAGGAGUAAAUGCAGACCUGGAAAUGGGGAUUGAGGACCGAAGCACCCAGAAUAAUGCUUUGCGGGAUGCAUUGCGCAAGAUGAAGGAACAGAAUCAGGCUCUUGAAGAGAAGUUGGGGCAAACUGAAGGCCCGCUGAAUGUGAAAAACAAUGGUCAUCAGAAGCGGAUGCUUUUUAGUGUAGUUCUGAUAGUGAUGAUUGUGUGUUUAGUUAGCAAGCUUGCUGCUUAG